UGUAACCCGUCUGUAAACUGAGAGACACAGAGCGACAUGGUGUGGAGUUUACUCGAUCAGCCUUUUAAACUUUGAAAUAACUUACAGCCGCGAUGGACGACCGUCAGCUAGACCUGACAGAAGCACAGAAAGCUACCAAGUCUAAAUACCCGCCGAUCAACAAGAAAUAUGAAUACCUGGAUCACACAGCAGAUGUACAAAUUCACUCCUGGGGAGACUCUUUAGAAGAGGCCUUUGAGCAGUGUGCCAUGGGAAUGUUCGGCUACAUGACCGACACGGAGACAGUGGAGCCGCUUGAUACCGUUGAAGUGGAAUCAGAGGGUGAGGACAUGGAGUCUCUUCUCUUCCACUUCCUAGAUGACUGGUUGUAUAAGUUUUGUGCGGAUCUCUUCUUUGUUCCCAGGGAGGUCAAAGUUUUGCACAUUGACAGAAUGCGGUUCAAGAUUCGCUCCAUCGGGUGGGGUGAAGAAUUCUCUCUGGAAAAGCAUCCACAGGGAACCGAGGUGAAAGCCAUCACAUACUCUGCAAUGCAGAUCCACGAUAAAGAAAAACCUGAAAUAUUUACCAUCAUUGAUAUCUGACGAUAUCUCCAGAGAGGUGACGUACGUGGUUCGAUGGAACUGGGAAAUCUACGCGGCCAGUUUAAGUGGCCUUUUUAAUGAAGACACUGAAUACUGAUGAGUACAUUUUGGUUUUGUAUUUGUUGGAUGAGCUGUUCACUAAUCAGGUCGAUUGCAGAUUAUAUAAACGACAUUAAUGAUUCACAAGAUGCAUCAUUUCAGAAAUCACAAAAAAAAGUUUAACUGGAAAUGAUGUGGCUGUUUAUUUUUAGCUGUUAUUGACAAAGAAAAACACU